AUGUCGUUGUUUGUCGAGGACGAGGACCAAGGCCCCAGGCCGUUGGCUUCGGUCCAGUCGCAAGCUUCAAUCACGGUUCCCAUUCAGUCAGGCGAAAUUGGUGUGGAGUUCCAUCAGCCAGAAAUCGUUCCUGUCUACCCUGAAAGGACCAUCUCGUGCACGCUACCCCUCAAGUACCAACAGGAAAUCAUCGAGGACAUGCUCACCAAGGACGGGUUGCUCAUCCUAGGACGAGGGCUCGGGUGGGACGUCAUCAGUGCCAAUCUUCUCCAUGCCCUCAGCUCGUCGUGCGUCACUCUCCAGCACGGAGAUGGCGCUCCCAUCGAGAAGAGGAGCCUUAUCUUCGUGCUCAACAUCACAGAGGAUGAGGUUAGCCGUAUCAGAGAGUCGUUGGUCGAAUUGCACUGGCUCGACGAGAGUAUGGACGACGAAGAAGAGCCUCAAUUCGUGGAGAUCUCCAGCGAGUCUCACAACACCUCCAGCAAGCGUAAAGACACUUACCUCAAGGGAGGCAUCAUAUCGAUCACAGCACGUGUGUUGGUGGUGGACUUGCUCUCGGGGUUGUUGUCGCCAAACGACAUUACGGGGCUCUACGUGCUCCACGCAGAAAGGAUCAAGGAAACCUCCAGCGACGCCUUUGUCAUCAGCAUUUACAGAGACACCAACGACUGGGGCUUUGUCAAGGCGAUAUCAGACGAGCCAGAGUCCAUCACAGGGUUCACCCCCUUGGCCACAACCCUCAAGAUGCUCAGAGUCCCCAACGCGUUUCUCUGGCCCCGUUUCCGGUUGGAGGUCAGUCAGUGCUUGAAUUACAUCGACAAGGGCAUCCUGAACCGGGUGCGAGAAGAAAUCCUCAAGCGCAGGUCAGUCACAGAAAUUAAUACAAAAUUCACAUACAAAAUGACAAAGAUUCAAUCAGCCAUCUUGUCUUGUAUCCAGGCAUGUCUCCAGGAGUUGAAACGGCAUAACUCAGACUUGGCUACUGAGUACUGGGAUAUGGAAAACGCUCACGAUCCACAUUUUGUGAGAAGGAUCCGAAUGUCGGUCAAUAGUCAGUGGCAUAGACUAACAUACACCUCUAGGCAGCUUGUGUAUGAUUUGGGGGUUUUGACAGAUAUGUUGAAUUAUUUGGUCAGCAUGGAUUCGGUGAGCUUUUACCAAAUGGUCCAAGGAAUUGUGGAUCUGAAUAUCAGACAUGCUCGCUCGGGUGGCAUGAAUGCAUCCAUGAGUCCAUGGUUGAAUUUAGACGACUCCAAUACAAUCAUUGCAUUUUCUAGAGAUAGAGCGUUGGGCAAAAUAAGUGUUGAGAAAAGAAGACAAGAAGUGAUUGAUGUCGAAGAUAACCAAGAAAACCCAAGUGAAACUGCAGAUGUCGAAGUUACGGAAGAGUAUCUUCUCGAAGAGUUGCCCAAAUGGGAGCAACUUGGGCUACUUUUAGAUGACAUUCUCCACGAGAAAGCAGUUUCCAAUGUGAAGAACCAAGGACCUAUUUUGAUCAUGUGCUCCAAUCCCCAUAGUGUAGAACAGCUAGGGUAUUUGUUGAAAGAUAUGAAGGCAGAAGUCAAUCGCAUGACAGGAAAGAGACGGUUCAGUUCACGGAAAUACAUGGUUCAAAAAUUGAAAGGAUACUUGGCGUGGAAAGAAGUUAGCUCACUAGUGAAAAAAAUCAACACUGAGUUGGACGCAGCCCCCGAAGAAGGAAGCAAGACUCCAGAGGCAGAUGAACUCCACACAUCAAAGACAUUCACUAGAAAUGGGCAACCUGUCAGCUCAAGAAGAAGAGCCAGAGGAGCUUCAGCAAGUGCAAGGGUUUCUAAGCUCUAUUCAGGGUCUAAUUCGGAGAAGAAUACAGAGGCCGCUGAGGUUGACGCUACCAUUUUAAAGAAUUUACAGGCAGCAGAAGACGAGGAGGAAAUUGAUGAUGAACGUGUAACUGCACCAAAUGAGUUGGAAGAAAUGGCUAACAGUUUUUUAAUGCCGGAGUUUGCAGACAAUGGAGAAUGGGGAAUUCACCUAAAAUUUGAUCAUGUCAACAAAGAAGAUCAAAUCAUAAUACAGAGCUAUAAUGAAAGAAACAACGAUGCACUUUUACAGGAAAUAUCACCUUCUUAUAUUGUGAUGUAUGAGCCCAAUUUGUCGUUUACCAGAAGAGUCGAGAUAUAUCAGGAAAUCAACAAAGACAACCCAGCAAAGGCAUAUCUAAUGUACUAUGGCACCUCGGUUGAAGAAGAAAAACAUUUGCUAGGAAUUAAGAAGGAAAAGGAAUCAUUUUCAAGAUUAAUCAGAGAAAAGGCUAGUUUGAGUAAACAUUUCGAAACCGCAGACGACAAUUAUAAGUUUCACUUGAACAAGAAUAGGGUACUCAACACCAGAAUCGCAGGAGGGGCCAAUUUCAGAACUGAAAACGAUGAAUUGAGAGUGAUUGUUGAUGUCAGAGAGUUCAGAUCUUCCUUGCCCAAUUUAUUGUAUCGUUCAGGAAUCAAAGUGAUUCCAUGUAUGAUUACGGUGGGUGAUUACAUUGUGUCCCCAAAAAUCUGUGUUGAAAGAAAGUCCAUUCCCGAUUUGGUUUCCAGUUUCAAGAGUGGUAGGUUGUACCAGCAGUGUGAGCAAAUGUUUCGUCACUAUGAGUUGCCCACUUUAUUGAUUGAAUUUGAUGAGAAUAAAUCGUUUUCAUUGGAGCCAUUUUCCGAGUCUAGAUUUCAAAAGAUUAAUCCUACCAACCCCAUUGCAGAUCAAUCGAUCCGGCAAAAUAUACAAUCCAAGAUAGUUCUGUUGCUUCUUUCGUUCCCGAAAUUGAAGAUUAUAUGGUCUUCUUCUCCAUAUGAAACAGCACAAAUAUUCGUACAGUUGAAGGCUAAUCAAGAAGAACCAGAUGUGGGGGAGGCAUUAGAUAAGGGUGUAAACAGAGCCGUGGUAACUGAGGAUGGAGGUCCUCCGGUUUUUAACGAUGAUCCUAUUGAUUUUAUACAGAACAUCCCGGGUAUUAACGCUGCAAACUACCAUUUGAUUGUGCAAAAAGUGCAAAGCAUCGAGAAGUUGGUCGAGCUCAGCAAGGAACAAUUUUUGGAGAUAUUGGGACUUGAAAAUGGUCGAAAGGCAUAUAAUUUCAUUAACAAGACUAUUAGUUAG